GUGAGAGCGUGAAAGAGAGAAGAGAGAUUCAAAGAAGUGCAUGGCGUGUGAAGGAAAGAAAGAGAGGCGGAGAGACCAACAAAGAAUGCUUUCAUGUGUAAUGAAGGAGUAGAUAUCGUUUAGCAAGAAAUAUUGACCCAAUACAGAGGAGUAGCGAGCCUGGUCGAUCAGUUAGGAUAAUACUGAUAUCAAGGUUUAUGUCAUCGGCGUAUCAAGGUCCAAACUGGGAUCCCAAACUAUGUUGUCCAACCAAGAUCGUACCAACAGUUCCUUGUUCAGAAGAGAGAGGUUACUCCGAGGAUGAUGUAGCCACAACUGUAGACUCGGUUCUGCCGGUGGAGGAUCCGGCACGGAUCGGGCUACAGCCGGACGAGAGGAACGAGAUGGCACGCCGUGUAGUUCACCGGAGAACGGCGGCAACGGCGGUCCGGCCAUGGAAGGGCCCCAUCCCUAAGGUUAUUUUCCGAGCUACGACACUGAUCCGUUCGUGGUCGCUACUCACUCCGAUGGAGGCCAGGGAGCAUUUGGUUACUGGAUCUAUCCGUUGGGAGAUGGUCGCUCGGGAUAUCUUCAACCGGUUUGGAUGGCGGUCAUGUAAUAGGAUAGGCAAUUAGUUUCCCUAUCUAUUGUUAGCCAGCCGGUUGUGGCUUCUUUUUAGGGCUAGUUUGUAUAUCUAGCCGUCUGUAGCUCUGUGUGAGCUGCAUUUCUUUUUAUCCUUUUGUUUAGCUGGAGAUUGUGGAACCUUGUUGGCACUUUUGCCUUUUUUUAUUAAUAAGAUGGCCGUAUGCAUCGUUUUGAUGCAGAGGCCGAGGAGACCUCCC